UACGUGCUUGUGUUUGUGGGAACUGGGGGAGGGAUUGGUUUGACAUCAGACAAAGACUGAGCUGCUGAUUCCCUGAGUCUUGUUAUUCUGCAAAGUCUGGAAGCAGCAGCAUGGGUUUGGAGCUGUACUUGGAUCUGCACUCACAGCCCUGCCGGGCUGUCUACAUUUUCGCCAAGAAGAAUAACAUUGCGUUUGAGUUUAAGCAGGUCGAUCUGUCAAUAGGUCAGCAGUACAGUGAGGACUUUGGCAAAGUGAAUCCCCUCAGACUGGUGCCAGCGCUCAAAGAUGGAGCUUUCACCAUGGGAGAGAGUGUGGCGAUUCUCAAAUACCUGGCGUGUAAAUACAAGACGCCCGACCACUGGUACCCGGCUGAUCUCCAGAGGCGUGCCCGAGUGGAUGAGUAUCUGGCCUGGCAGCACAUGACCGUUCGAUAUCAGGGAAGCAGGAUUUUCAUGUUCAGGGUAACGCCACUACUUCUCUAGCUUUGAUUCUUGGAC